AUGCUAAGAUUUGCCUCGGCCGAACAUGGGUAUUCGGAUGAAGCAGGCGUCGGAGCGAAGGAGCUUGUACAGAAACUCCUGAAGUUGCCCAAAAAGAUAAAGGAUAUGUUGUUUCGUAUUGAUGCCGAAGUAAACAACGACGAACGAAAAAUCCGUUUAAUUUGUGUUGUGGGCUAUUCACACACACAUCUACGUGUCGUGACUUCGGUGAUGGAUGCGCCGGCGGGCUAUGUUUGCAAGAUCGAACACCAGCAAGAAUUACGCAUUCCAACCGAGUUACAAAACUUCUACAAAACUUCUACGAAACAUACAUCAAAUUUCUGA